GCCCAACAAGAGUUAAUGAGCAGAUAUUUUCUUCUGCUCCAGACGACCGAGUCCUCAUCACCAACGGAUCAAAUCAGUUGUUACGAAUUUUGAGCUCACGUUCUCCUCCUAUCUCCCUCUCGCUCCGUUAUAUCUUGACCGAGGAGGAUAUUUUUUUAAAACAUUUGAAAUCAUUCCAUUUAUCGCUCGCAGUACCUGCUGCUACAAAAAAAAAUAAAAAUAAAAAUAGAACCUGCAAAUCCCGCCGGCACCUCCAUCGUCGCCGGCGAGAUACCACCAUUUCAGCUCCUCCACGAGUCGCUGCUCCCUUCCUCGCCAUCAUAUCGAUCACCCCUA